AAUAAUAACAUCGCCAACGUACUUUUAUUAAUUAAACUUCAUCAAAGUCAAGUCUUUAAGUACCCACUAUCUAUCACGUGUUGAAUCAUACGCAACCUUCGACUUAUUAAAAUUACAUAAACAAGAAUCAACGCUGGGAACUUUCUCCAGAAAAAAAAGUUCCAUUGUUUUGCAACAUCAACAAUUUCUCAGCGGAAACUGUAAACAAGUAAAAUAAAAACUUUUCUUCCUGACCUUAUAGAAAGUACAGAACAAAAGCUCAGAGUAUCGAAGCAUAAAGCAAUAUUUCAUAUUGAGUUCUGCAAGCUACAAUAGCAAAGGCAAAAACUCUAAUAUCUGUUAAAGUUCAACGGACCAAGCGAAACUUUCAACAAGGCCACCGAUUAAGGCAUGAGGAGGCAUCACGCGCUCGCCCAGAGUCGGACGAGGAGGCUGUCCGGUCGAUUUCACGUAUAAAACAAACAAAAAAUAAAGAAUAAAAAGUUCCCCAAUAAAGAACAGCUUUAUCUCGUAUUACUGGCGCGAUAAAAUUAGAUUCGCCGGCGACCGCCUGCGCUUGCGCAGCGCCAGUCGUCAUCCAGCGCUCGCAACGCGACGGCGGAGCGCACUUCCAAAUUAAAAACGUUAUUCACUGUACAUGUUUUUUUUUUAUGGCGCGUAAGUGUUACGAAACGUUAGUAUUGUGCCAGUGUUAAUAUUAACCCGUUCAUGUGUAUUAUUGUGUUUUUCUUAUAAAUCCUAUUCAGAUUUGUGUACGCCCUAUGUACAUGCGCUAAAGUUGCAAAAGAUCGAUCCGAUAUGAUCCACGUCGAUGAAACAGAUCCUGUCGGAGAGAUAGAGCCGCCAUUUCCAUGUCGAGAUGUCACAAUCAAAAGAAACACAGAUGUUAACGACUUCUUCGAUAUGCUAUCGGAGAUCGGACGAGGUAAAUUCGGCACAGUAUACCUCUGUCGGGAGAAGAGCACAGGUCUAGAACUUGCAGCCAAGCUGGUCGCCGUGAACCGAAGGGAUGAAAGGAGGAACGUGGAACGUGAAGUCGACGUGAUGAGGCGGCUGCGACACCCUAGGCUGAUCCAGCUUUACGAUGCAUACGAUUGGGGGAAGUACAUGUGCGUCGUUUUAGAAUUGAUCACGGGUGGCGAACUAUUUGAGCGUGUCAUCGACGAAGACUUCGUGCUGACGGAGCGGGCGUGCACGGUGUUCAUGCGACAAAUAUGCGAAGGGAUUGAGUUCGUACACAGGCAGAACAUUUUGCACCUCGAUAUGAAGCCAGAAAAUAUUCUGUGCCUCACGAAAGCAGGAAAUCGGAUAAAGAUCAUAGACUUCGGCCUCGCUCGCUUCUACGACCCUGAGAAGAAAUUGCAAGUUCUAUUCGGUACCCCGGAGUUUGUUGCACCGGAAGUUGUCAAUUUCGACCAAAUCGGCUACGGCACGGAUAUGUGGUCUAUUGGCGUUAUCUGUUACGUUCUUUUGUCUGGCUUAUCACCGUUCAUGGGCGAAACUGAUAUAGAGACGAUGGCCAACGUAACAAUAGCAAAGUAUGACUUCGACGAUGAGGCAUUCAACGAGAUCUCUGAAGACGCCAAAGACUUCAUUAGCAAGCUCCUCGUGAAAGACAAAGAGUCACGUCCCAGUGCGACGGAGUGUUUACGACACCAGUGGCUCGUCAAACGAACACCAGUGAAGAAAGACAAACCGCGCCAACAACCCCAACUAUCGCCGAAACAGGAACUAGACGUAGCUAAGGACAAUUUAAGACUCUUCGUUGAAAGAUGGAGCGAACACCCAAAUUCCCCCUACGUUUUUGAUAAUCAAGCUCAAGAAAUUCUAUGUCACGCGAAUGGGAAUUGUGAAAGGUCUUCCAUAGGUGGCUGUUCUCCAUCUCCAAGGAGUUCUCUGAGUAGUUCGCCAGACGUAGUCUUCGAUGUGGAUGACUUAGAACCACCGCCUUUAAGAGAUCCGACUCACUCAACUAGAUACAAUCCCGUAGAAAGGAGAGCGUCUGACAGCAGUUGUUUCAUGCACAAAAAGCAAGAUAUAUUUGUUAGAAAGAACUUGGCUGAGGAAAUCAAAAAAUUAUCCGACCAUCUAUUUAUGUUAUCGACCAUGAACACGGAUCUAACUAACAAUAAUAGCGUGAAAGAAAUUGACAAAAAUACUUCUGAAAUUAAGACAUUCAACAAGGAAGAAAAGAAAUUAUCAAACGGUUUCAAAUCUGAGGUUAAAUCGAGCAUCACAAAAACGAUGACCAACGGUAACGCGACGACCAGUGAGAAAAAAGUAUUCACAUCGAAGUCUAGUCAUAAAAUAAGCUCGACGUUUCUCACAGACAAAGAACCGGAGAAACCAAUGACGAGCAAAAUGCCGUGGGUGAAGUCAGCGAGAUCAAAAAGAGUAACAAAUACGAGUAGAGAUGUACCAGAUCAACCUCUUGAAAGACGUCAUACGUUUUUCGAAGAAUUCGAUCGCAGACGUGAUAGGAUAGACAAAUUAGUGAACGGUUUCGAAAAUGGCAGACAGCUACCGUACAGAAGAGGUGAUGAAAAUAAUGCACACAGGACAAAAGAUUUACUUCUACAUCUCCUUGAGAAAUGGGGUGAAAAUGAAGAUGCAGAAGGAGAAAGAACAGCUGGAGGCACUUCAAACGGUGGAAGACAUCAAUCGAUCUCAUUGGAAUGGUCGCAGUCUAACCAAUUAGCGCAAAAUUCUAUGUCCAGUUUACACGCUUUCUUCAAAAGACAGUCGUCAGACGAAAAAAUUCAGAAGAAGAUCGUUAGCGCGAAUGUUUCGGGUUCUAAGUGAGGUGUGUAUGACAUUUGUGAAACAGGAACUAUAUGUGCCAUGACAUCGUGUUGUUCAGAAAGAUAAACUUCGGAGUAGCUUAAUUACGCUUAAGCAUUUAAAGUUUUAAAUAAUUAGAUGCUAAGAUUGUGUAACGAAUAGGGUUUUUAGGAGUCUCGGAAACAAAGCAAGCGACUAGAUUUUGGAAGUAAAUAACGGAAUUUGAAAUUUUGUUUGUAAAAUUCGUUCUAACAACGACAUUAAUUGAAUGUUUGUUUUAAAACCGAAAGUAUUUAUUCUGAUCUCAAUAAAAAAUGAUUCGACCGGGUUAAGAGUUAAUCUUUCUGAAUGAAUGGUAGGUUACCAAAGUAGGCAUGAGGUUAUUAUUUAGUUUUCCUACACAAAUGACAGCUAAAUGACAAUAUAAUACGAAUCUAGUCUUCAUACUCAAAGCUCUGUAUGGAAUCCGCUUGCAGACAAGACUGAGACACAUGAAAUUACAUUGACAAUAGCGCAUAAUUUUGUACUUUUUUUUUUGUAAAUAAGUUUAUUUGUAACAGAUAUUUCAAUAUUUACCCCCAGCGUAUUGUUCCUUAUACGUACUUAAGUAACUGUAUUGAUUUUAUUUAUAAUUUAUUGUUAUAUGAUGCUUAUGUUGUUAAAAAUAAUAUAAGGCUUUACGAAAA